AUGUUAAAAAUAUUUAAAUAUGAAUCUCAAGUAAUUGUACGUAGAGGCUACAGCAGCUUGGCACCAGCUACAAAGAUCUUUAUUGAUGGGCAGUUUGUUGAUUCUAACACUAACAAUUGGAUUGAAUUAACAAACCCUGCAACAAAUGAAGUUAUUGGAAGGGUACCAGAAACAACAAAAGAAGAACUGAACACAGCGUUAGAAGCAGCCAAGAAAGCAUAUAAGUCAUGGAGCCAAAGUACUAUUAUGACACGUCAACAGCUCAUGUUCAAGUUUGCCCGUUUGCUCCGCGAAAAUCAAAGCAAAUUGGCGGCAAAAAUAACCGAAGAACAAGGAAAGACAACGGCUGAUGCAGAGGGUGAUGUCCUCAGAGGAAUACAGCUGGUAGAGCAUUGUUGCAGCAUUACAUCAUUACAACUUGGUGACUGCAUCCAAAACAUUGCUAAGGAUAUGGACACGCAUAGCUACAAAGUGCCUCUUGGUGUUGUUGCUGGUGUUGCAGCUUUCAAUUUUCCUGUUAUGAUACCUCUUUGGAUGUUUCCACCUGCAAUAGUAACUGGCAACACUUGUCUCAUCAAACCUUCAGAGCAGGAUCCUGGAGCAACUUUGCUUAUGAUGGAGUUGCUGCAGGAAGCCGGUGCCCCUGCUGGUCUUGUUAACGUUGUCCAUGGUACACAUGACCCUGUGAACUUUUUCUGUGAUGAGCCAGAUAUCAAAGCUGUGUCAUUUGUUGGAGGAGAUGGUGCCGGAAAACAUAUCUACACAAGAGCAUCGGCAGCUGGUAAGCGGGUUCAAAGCAACAUGGGCGCUAAAAACCACGGAGUAAUAAUGCCCGACGCAAAUAAGGAGCACACACUAAACCAGCUGGCGGGAGCUGCAUUUGGAGCGGCCGGUCAACGUUGUAUGGCGCUCAGUACGGCCGUGUUCGUUGGUCAAGCCAAAGAGUGGAUCCCAGAUUUGGUGAAGAGAGCCCAAGCCUUAAAAGUGAAUGCUGGUCACGUGCCUGGAACUGACGUUGGUCCCGUCAUAUCGGUUAAAGCUAAAGAAAGAAUUCUAAGACUUGUUGAAUCAGGAGUCAAAGAUGGCGCCAAGCUAGUACUUGAUGGACGUAGCAUCAAGGUACCUGGUUUUGAAAAGGGCAACUUUGUUGGACCGACAAUCCUUACAGGAGUCAAACCGAACAUGGAAUGCUACAAGGAAGAGAUCUUUGGGCCUGUUCUAAUCUGUCUAUUCGUAGACACUUUGGAUGAUGCAAUUCACCUGAUCAAUUCUAAUCCCUAUGGAAACGGAACCGCCAUUUUUACUACUAACGGUGCUACAGCUAGGAAGUUCUCCGCGGAAAUAGAUGUUGGGCAAGUGGGAGUAAAUGUUCCCAUACCUGUGCCCCUUUCUAUGUUCUCCUUUACUGGUACCCGUGGCAGUUUCCUCGGUACUAACCAUUUCUGCGGCAAGCAGGGUAUUGAUUUCUAUACAGAGUUGAAGACUGUUGUCUCUUUCUGGAGACAGAGUGAUGUAUCCCAUGCUAAAGCUGCCGUAUCUAUGCCAACCCAACAG